AUGCUCCCUCACUGGAUAUCAUUGCUUUUCAGUGCUUCGCUCUUUGUGCUGAGCGCCUCAUCCCUGAAAAUCUCACAAGCAGGUCAACAAGCACCAACAUACACUGCAACUCUGGGCACGAGUGCCAAGUGCCUCAGCGAGGUCAAUUCUGCGCGUGAAGCAGCUGGGUUGCCAAGCUUUACGGACGCCCCAGAAGGCAAAAAAUUAAUUGCUCCAAAAAGCAACCUAGACGAAGAUGAGGAAUGGAAAAAAGUUUGCAUGCAUUUGAUUCCAACGGAGCAAACCGAAGCUGUGGCUGCGGCCAAUUCAGAGAAUCCCUUUAAGGAUGGAACAUAUGCCUUCAAGUCCCUAACUGCCGCAGAACCUAACUGCAAGGAAACAGUUGAUCACUGGAAGGCAGCCUUCAAAAGUUUCACUGGCCUUCCGCCAUCAAAGACUCAAGGCGCAAAUCUAUACAAAAAUCAAGACAACGUUUCUUUUGUAGCCUUGUACAACCCCUCAUCCGAUGCCACUGCAGACUGCAGAGUUGUUACGUGCACUAAAACCACUGCAGGAGGCACAGUGCUGGAGAGUGAUUCAGACCAAAGCCCCGAAUAUGGCUACGCGCUGAUUUGCAAGACGAUGCCCUCUGCAUUUGCAGACGAAGAUUCUGCCCCAUUCACGCAGGACCAGUGGGACAAGGUCGUAUCCUCGCUCACGGGGUCAGCUUCAACCGCCAUCCCAGGCUUUUGUGCAUUCUUCAUCGCAGUGUUCAGCUUGAUAGCACUGUAG